AUGCACAAAAACCGGAUUCUGGUGGACUUUUCUCGUGUUAAACAUGAGAUCGGUCAAACAUCACUUGAGCUCCAUUUGCCAGUUGAUCUGGGUGAGUGUCCCAACUUCGCAGCGCUCCUGGUGCGGAUAGCGGCGUUAAACAUACUGCAAUCGGUGCAAGGCAAUGACUACUUGUUCGUUCAAGACGGGCAUUUUCUCGCAUUCGACUCCAAACUCUCGGAUUGUUUGGUGCAUGUAAUCAGGAAUGAUACACUGAUUUUCAAGAAGCCUCCGAAGCCUUUCAAUGGCAUGACAGACAUCACACACGAUUUUGAGUUUUCAUUCAACAACGAGCAUACCACAGUGGAUCACUCGCAUGUCAUUUUUAUUGACGGUCCGAAGCCGUAUUUAUUGCUUCAUCAGAGCGAGGCCGAAAAAUUUGAUCAAUGGAGAGGAAUUACACAGAUGGGUAUACUUGAUCAAGCCGAGAAUAGCGACGUUGGUGCUACUCAGCUUCAUGUUGAUGAUGAUGAUGUCGUUGUUGAAGAUAUUCAUCAGUUGUGGCCAAGUCUCGUAUAUGUAAUUUCGAACUUGGUUAUGGUGCAAAUUGUUGGGUGGUUCAUGGGCUUCACCAAACUCCAGCAAGUGAUCUCUGGUGCCAUAAUUGGGGUCGGAUUUCUUUCAGAGGUACAAGUGACGGCUGAAGUGGUUCAGCUACUGUUGCUUUUGUGCAAUCCUGUCAGGCUCAUUCAUCAGACGAUUCACUUGUACAGGCUAUGGAGUCAAAAUCCGCAGCAGUUUAGACAGUGGGUACAGCAACGUAGUGAUUACUACAGACAGGUGAUGAGUAUCCCAUAUAGGGGUGACUUCGUGCAAUACGUAAGCGCGGUUUGGAGACAAUCACUGGCAUUGUUAGAGUCUAUUCUGACGCAUACGUGGAGGUGGGUGGUAGUCAUGUUACUGGUGCAGUGGCCUGUGGAGCAAAUCAAGGUAUUCAUAGCCCUUCUGAUACCAUUGAUGCCGUUUUUCAACCAGUCACUUGGCGAACAAUGGCUGCAAUUUGCAAAUACAGUGUUGCCACAGCGGAUGGCUGUGUUCACGGUGGGGGUAAUCACAGCCUUUAGAGAUGGGAUUGCUCAUGCCUGGGAUACUUGCUCUGUAGCAGCUGCCCGUCUAUGUAUCCGAGAAUUUGAUAUGCCAAUUCUAUUGCGAGUUGUGGUCAAAACGGCUCAGCUUGUGUGCCUGGUUCCCUUAUCCUUAUUGCCAGACGUGCAGGUCCUCAUGAGACGUGCCGGGGCUGAUAUUACGCCGCAUGAAGGGUUCUGA